CACCCGGGGCCGGCGGGGGGGCAGCUCCAGCAGCCCGCGAGCACGCUGGCCCGGGACCCGGGGGCUGGCAGCGCUCCCGGCUGGGCCCCGUGCGACACCUCCCUGCCCGCCCGCGGGGGGGUCCUGCCGCCACAGCCCCCGGCAUCGCCCCUGGCAGCCGGCCCCGCCACUAAAGCCCCGGCGGCGGCCGCAGGCAGCCGGAGCCCGGCCAGCGGCCCCGGGGGGGCGGGGGGGGGAGGUUGUGCCGCUGGGCACAAGCCACCGUCGCCACAAGCAUCUGGAAGAUUCCGGCUCGUCCCCCCCCGUCCCCCCCCGACCCUCUCUCCCCACCGCCCUCCCGCUCUAUAAAUGCGGGCGGCCGCGGGCGGCGGCAGAGCGGGGGCGCGGCGGGGCCAUGCUGGGGGCCUGGCUGCUGCUCGGGGGGGCGCUGGCCCUGGGCUGCCGGGCGCAGGCGGCCGCCCAACGCCGCGCCGAUGACGGCUCCGGCCGCUGCACCUACACCUUCACGGUCGCCAGCCCCGUCGAGGCCACCUGCUCCGAUGGCGGCGGCGUGUCCGAGCUGCGGGCCGAGCUGGCCGCCCUGGCCGCCCGCCUGAGCCGGCUGGAGAGCCGGGAGCGGGGCACGGGGGGCUCGGGGCCGCGGGGCGCCGAGGCGGGGGGCGGGCGGGACCCCCAGCGGGCCGCCCCGGCCGCCCGCCUGGAGGCCGCCUACAGCGAGCUGCUGCGGGCCAAAUCCCGGCUGGAGGAGGAGAAGGGGCGGCUGGAGCGGGAGAAGGAGGAGCUGGGGAGGCGGCUGGAGAGCAGCGCCCAGGAGAUCACCCGGCUGCGGGCCGCCCGCUGCCCCCCCGGCGCCGAGGGGCCCGGCCGCGACACCCUGCGCGGCCCCGGCAAGGCCCCUCGCUGGGACCCGCAGCCCCUCGCCUACCAGGAGCUGCAGUCGGAGAGGACGGAGGUUCCCGCGUCCCGGCUGCUGGAGGAGACGGCGCUCGGCCGGCCGGGGAGCCAGGACUCGGGCUGUGGCGAGCUGGUGUGGGUGGGGGAGCCCAUCAUCUUCGGCCGGGCAGAUUCCAUCGCGGGCAAGUAUGGCGUGUGGAUGAAGGACCCCGAGCCCGUGCCCCCCUUCACGCGGGAGACCACCUGGCGCGUGGACGCGGUGGGCACGGAGGUGCGCCAGCUCUUCCAGUAUGAGGCGGCGGAGCAGCUGGCCCGGGGCUACCCCGCCAAGGUGCACAUCCUGCCGCAGCCCCUGGAGAGCACGGGGGCUGUCAUCUACCGUGGUGGGCUCUUCUUCCAGCCCCGCCGCUCCCACACCGUGGCCCGCUACGACCUGCGGGGAGAGGCUGUCACAGCCCAGAGGGAGAUCCCCGGUGCCGGCUACCACGGGCAGUACCCCUACUCCUGGGGGGGCUACACCGACAUCGAUCUGGCGGUGGAUGAGACGGGGCUCUGGGUGAUCUACAGCACCGAGAAGGCCCGGGGGGCCAUCGUCCUCUCCAAGCUGGACCCUGAGACGCUGGAGAUCCAACAGACCUGGGAGACCAACAUCCGCAAGCGAGGGGUGGCCAACUCCUUCGUCAUCUGCGGCACCCUCUACACUGUCAGCAGCUACUCGGCACCUAACGCCACCAUCAACUUCGCCUACAACACAGCCACCAGCACCAGCCGGGCCCUCAGCAUCCCCUUCGAGAACCGCUUCCGUUACCUCAGCAUGGUGGAUUACAACCCCACUGAGCGACAGCUCUUCGCCUGGGACAGCUUCAACAUGGUCACCUACCCUAUCCGCCUCUCCCAGGCAUGAGCCAGGGCUGGGGAUGCGCCGGCUCAGCCCCCCCCACCCCCAUGCGUGCCUUGGCACCCCGCUUCGCUCCCCAGCUCCCCCUGGCACAGCCGGGAGUGCCACCUUAGAUAGCCCCACGCAAUGGUGGGGGCCACAUGCUGCCCAGCUGUGCUGCCGUGGGGCCACCAACAUCUCCGCUGGCACCUCUGGCAAUAUCCUGUCGUGCUCAGCGUAGCGGUGAGAAAGGAAGCGCUCCUGCCGAGCGCGGCUGAGCCACUGAGGCACCUCUCCCCAGCCUCAGCAGGGUCUUGGUGGGCUGCAGUGGUAGCCAGCCCUGAGCUGCUCAGCAUCCUCGGAGCGCCCAGCCUGGCCACCCUGAGUUCAGAGCAGGGAGGGCUCCAGCACGGUGAAGGCAGGGCAGGUGGUGGGGGUGGGGAGAGGCUGUCGGGGAGGGUCCCACCUAAAUCCACCCCCAGGACCCCAUCAGCAGCAGAAGUUUUGCGGAGACCUCCCCAGUUCGGGCAGGCCUCGUGGCACAGAGCAGCACUUGCCCACCAGCGGCGGCCCCACUGCCGAGCUCCCCUGCUGAGAGCCCACUGGCCCCGCUGCAUCCCACUCCGCUGGUGCCCAGGGGCAGCCGGGAGCUCAACUGCCUCCAGAAAUCAUCCGGCAGGACCAAAAGCAGCAGGGAAUACGGACAGUUGUUGCACAAGCCUUGUUUUAUCGGGAAAAGAAAAAGAAGCCAAGAAAGCAGUGGUGAGGAGCGCUGGCAGAGCACCCCUCGGCAUGCCCAGCCCCUCAGCCACAUGCUUCAGCUUCUCGGCCAUGCCCGGCCACCGAUGCAGCUACGGCCCCGCCUGGCUGGCAGCUCCCUGUGCCAGGCCAAAACCCACCGGUUUUAACUAUUUAUUGUAGAAAGUUUGUAGGAAGCUUUUUCUUCCCCCUACCUCCCCGGCGUUCGGGGCAGAUGAAGCAGCGGCAGCUGCAAUCCCCAAAGGAUACCCCAAUAAACGCUGCUCACCACC